AUGAACUCUCAGUCGGAUGGGUUUCGGAACAAUGUCAUCGCCGUCAAUGUGCUUGCCGUCAUCAGCAUUGCGCUUCGAUUCGUCGCUCGACAGAUCCGCCAAGUGACUGUAGGCAUGGAUGACUAUCUCAUUGUUGCAAGCUUGGUAGGUCCGCUGUCGGUAACUCUGCCUAAGUUCAAUACUAACAAAAUGUUCAUCUCAUUCGAGGUCGGUGCUGAUAGUCACGUGGAUCUCCCUGCUGAAAGCUCGCUGAUGGUGGCCAAACUGCUCUAUGUUUUUGAGAUAAUUUAUGUGAUCAAUCUCCUGACCAUCAAGCUUUCCAUCCUGAUGAUGUAUCGCCGUAUUUUCACCAACAUCUCUCGGCUGUUUCGCGUGGGCGCGAUGAUCUGUGGUGCGGUUGUCACGCUCUGGGCCACUGCUUUCGUACCAGCAGCCAUUUUCCAGUGCACGCCGGUGGCCAAGGCGUGGGAUAUCGGCAUUCCUGGACAUUGCAUCAGUCUGCAACUGGCCUUCUACUGUGUCGCACUACCCAAUAUUCUCACUGAUGUUGCCAUUUUAUCGCUGCCCGUUCGAUCUUGUUGGCAAUUACACAGGAGCGUCCUCUACCGUCUGUCUCUGAUUGGUAUCUUUAUGCUUGGUAUUUUGUAA